AACAGUAUACUAGCUAUCAGCAUAAAGAAACCGGUUACAGAAGUAGUUACUAUUGUAGUUAUAAACCACAGCCCAGCUUAUACUAUAUAUAUAUUAAUAAAUAUAUUAAGAAAUCCCAUAACUAAAUUAAUCAGUACCGGUCUAGUAAUAUUAGUAUGCCUCUUAUAA